UAGUGUUUUUACGGCCGAUGGCGGUCGGUUUUUAUACAAGCGGCAACCCAUUGAAACGGCUUGCAGGUGCCAGGUCGUAAGAAAUUUUCUUCGCUAGGAUCCAUCUGAACUGUUCCAAGUCGAAGUGAAUGCCUGCACCAACGAGUUCGAUCUCGCUGUACAGCUGCUUUACGCAGCUACAGAUACGAGUAUGUUUUCGUUUUUAAAGCUCCUGAAUGAUUUUAUAAUUUGUUUGUCUCGGUGACGUUGCAGUUGGAAAUUUUUAGAUCCUUGUUAUCCACUGAGAUCAGUGGAAGGUUUGUUGCGUUGCUCAUCUAUUGUGCGAGAGAUCCUGGAAGAGUGAAAUACAGCCCAUUGCGGGGAUUUUCGCACAAUCAGCAAUAAUGAAUCCUCGUGAACCGCGGCCACGACGACGAUUCGGUGCAGCGCAUCGUUCUGGCACCGAAGCUACUGCUCCUCCGGCAGACUCUGAGAACGAAAUCUUCUUCAGCCCGCCUCCCACGGCGGAUCUCGGUGGCCAAGUGGCUGGCGGUGGAUGGGGAAAUCAUGCGUUGCAGCCACAUUCGAGAAAUGUGGAAGUGGACGACAGAAUGCCGAACCAUGCUAGUAAUCCGUUCCGGUUCCCAGUGGCAGCACCGUUCCGCGAAAUUCCCGACACAACGGAUUAUCGCCGUCGCACCGCGGUCGCCACCACUUGCGUGCAGACAUCGCUGAUCGGAGAACCGCAUACGGCGCACUAUACGGACGCUUUUGCACAGACGAACUAUGGAAAUCGAGCCAAUCAGCUAUCCACCCGCGCUCUUCCGUCGGAUCCUCAUCCGCAGCCUAGUGCGCCGGCUGUUGAGGAGGUGUACGUUAAACGCGGGAAAGAGUACCACAUUGUUGGAAAUUUUGAUCUGGCCACGCUCAACCGCAUGCGCAGCAAUGGUCUGCAGCGUAUGUCAUCGGUGACCAGCACCACUAUUCAGCACAACGUACUGACCGUACAGGAUCAGCAACCCUUCGAGACGGUCGCCCACGGGACCCCGAUGCGCGGCGCAGAAGAGAGCUUGCAGCAGUUGCACGACUGGCCUUUGUCUCCUGUUCUGUCUGCCACGGAAAGUCCUGAUCAUGGGCGACCGUUUUUUGUCGCAGACCGCGUGAAAAGCCUGGAGAAGCAAGCGCGACGAGAAGCAGCAUUGGAGCGUGAUGAGAAUACUUUGCAAGCCAGUUUCCACAGUGCGCGGACUUCCUUCAACCAGCCACCUCCUCGUCAGUACAGGGAGGAACGCCAGCCGCUGCGCUUCGAUUACCCGAGACAGUUGACUAUCGUGGAUGCUGGAAUUUGUGAACUGCCUAUGAAUAUCCAGCUGUCCAUGGAUUUGGUGUAUAUGUUUAGUCCCAGUUUAAUACUGAUGUCCAAUCCCCUUGUUUGUCGGGUCGAGGAGCACCAGCGACUACAACGCAAUAUGCAGAAAUACUGGCAUGCCAAGGAAUACGAGAGCGAUUACGAUCCUGAAUACCAGGAACUUGUGUGCCACUGGGACAUUGACAAACAGACAUGCCAGCGUGCUUUGGUGGUCGGGCAGCGCCGCCCGGAUAUCGAUAAAGAGGUGCACAACUGGAGAUCGAUUUUGCUGUUGGAUGGAACUCGAUUUGGCCAGACGAUUAAUGCACCUCUUAAGGAUCUGCGACCUUUGGCGGAAGCUUACCUGGAGCCAUGUAGCAUCGUUCUGUGUUCUCUGAAAGGUUAUGCUGCAGAGACCACUGGCAUCAGCAACAGAGAACAACAAAAAGUGGUUAACUCUCUACAGUCGCAGCCGAGAUAUAACCUCAGAGUGGUCUCUCACGGCAAGGACGGCUUUGUCAACCAUGUGGAAAUUCAUGUCCGAAAAGAUGGAGCUUGGUAUUCAUUCAUUGAGUUGGUUGGUGAUGUGCUCAAUCGUUCCGUGCGAUGAAGGCUUCGUUUUGAGAGAACUGUUUCUUUCUGAGUGGUUAAUUUUUUGGUUUCAAUAUGGUUGAAGCCUGUUUCAUUUGCAAAAUUGUAUCGUUUAAAACUUUAAUUGUUUGAAGAACUUUGAGGUUAAUAUGUACCGAAUCAGAAGUUGUAGAAAAGAUUUGUUGUUUAGUCGUCCAGUUCUGGUUGUUGUUAAGAGAGAUCUUGUGUUUUUUGUACUCUGCCACAUUUGUUUCGUUAUUAGUUUAAAAAUGACGAUGGUAUUAGUUGAAUAAACGGGAAAAAUGC